GACUUGAUAUGAACCGACCAGAUGUGACGUCAUAAUCUAUUCUGUCAGCUUAGAAGAAUCAUAAUGGAUAAACAAUGGCGUGUUCGGUGAUGCUUUGUUUGAGCUUUUUAUUUUUCAGUUUUAUUUCAAAAGCUUAUGGAUCUAACGGUUGUCCGAAGAGUAAAAGUCUCGUCAUUAGAGGUUCUUCCCAAAUCGUUACUUGGGAGACAACUUGGACCGAUUACCAAAGCAAGGUCUGUAAAUGGCGCCUCAACUUCCAAACGCCGGAAGUUGUUAAUUUCAGUCUUCGACUGCAGAAACUUGCAAUAAGUAGUCACGAUGCGUUCGUGUACAGUGGCCUGGGAAUUGUUCGGAAGAGGUUCGAGGAUAAAGUUCAAGUUCGUGUCUGUGGGAACGGAAACCAAACCGAAUUGCAUAUGUCUGCGAUAGGAAAAGAGUUGCAGUUCAUGGGAGCAGCCCUGUGCUUUGUGAUUCCGCACGGGGACUACAACUUUGGACAGGACAUUUUUACUACACAUUUCAUAAAUAUGACGAUUAGUCUCAGAAAACAGCACUACGUUGAUAGAACGGCUUCGACUACCGGAUCUUCCAGGAAAGUUUCUAACCGCAGCCCGCCCAUCACCCCCACUAGCACCAGUCACAAAACUCGUCCAUCCGUGAUCAAGGUCGCCUCUCUCGCCGUCUCCACUCCAAGGUUUUCUUCUUCAUCCCACGCUGGCAGCGACGUCACACACCCCGUACGAUUUACUUCCGUUCUUAGUCAAACAUUGCCACCCUUAACUGUCUUGUCCAAACAAACGUCAGUGAAGGCUCCAUCAUUUAAUCAGAAAUCUACCAUUCUUCUUCUGUCAUCUCAUCACUUCACAGACAACUCACAGUUAAUAUCCUCUCAGCCAUAUUCAAAAUCUGUUCUUUCAAAUCGCCAAUCAACGACGAAUCCACCUUCAUCUCAGUUGUCCACAAUGUAUUCACUUCUGAAUCAUCAAUCCAAAACAUAUUUAACAUUCACUCAAAAAUCUACCCCUUCAAACCACAACUCAGCAAAUUUAUCAUCUAAUAAACCCGGUCAAAGCACACAAUUGACAACACAAUCAUCAACUGAUCAUCUGACCACAUCACUACCUCCUAAACUAUCCACUCUCCAAAAUAAUAUUCCAUUAUCUUAUCAGCACCCCAAUCGAGCCACGUUUCCUGGUCAAGGGAUAAUUUCCACAAAUAUUUCCACUUAUUUUUCUUACACUCGUGGUGGGUCUUCGACUCCACAUAAUACGGUUUCCAUAACAGCACCUUUGGCCUUGACCUUGCAGAAUAUAGAAACAGCAUUUGUAACCAGAAGCACGGUACCGGGCCAUUCCGUCGAUGUUUCUACCAGUGAACCAACAUCAGAGAAGAACACCGAGGAGUAUCUGAUAGCGGGGAUUGUCUCGGGAGUUGUCCUGAUUUUAAUGAUGACGAUAAUCUUUGUGGUGUACAAGUUCAAGGUCACGGUUAGUGACGGAGAAAGCAGCCUGUAUAGUACAGACUACAGCCAACCGCUGCCGUGGAGGAAAAACUGGGUCAUAACCAAAUCAUUCAGCGAAAUAGAGGCUGAAAGAGCAAAGCCAGACAUACAGCUCAAACCGAGCUUACCCUACCGACCCUCUUUGAAGCAGCACCCCGUUGUUUCUCGGCAGAGUACCGCGUCUACCAGUAUUGAUGAAGACAAUGAUGGCGUCUAUGACAAUAUUGUUGCCGUUUCAACCCACGAGAUUUUCCCCGCAAUGGAGGCGCCAAAUUUUAAACGACCCGAUAGAUAUUCUGACGGUAGUGAGUUCUGGGACUUUGAAAACCUCAGUAAUAACUUAAAGAUGCAGCAAUUACACACAAAUAAGGAAUAAAAAGGGAAACGGGGGGGGGGGGGGUCCUUGGAAAUUUGUUUCUAUUUCAUAUUUCUUUAUUCAUAUAUACAUGUAUGUAGAAAUGUUAAACCCCCAAAAAGUCUGCAAAUUUUGAUGGGCCAAUAUACAUUGAUAUAGUGCACGUCACAUCUACAGUGUUCAAACGUUCAGAAAAAUUAUUUUUCUAAAACUAUAUCUUUCCUUCUGCAGUCUUAGAAUAAUAAUCUACAGAAAAAUAAAAAAUACACUUCUCUAAUUCAAAUGAAAAAGGUUGCAAUAGGUUAAGAGAAAUACAUGCAUUCCCUCGUUUUACCCGUGUGUGUAUGGGGGGGGGGCUUUUUUUUUCUUUUUGUGAUGAAUUGUGUAUUUUAAAUUUUUGAAUAUUUCUUUUGCAAUAUUCGCAACCGACAAAAAGCCGUAACAACAGCAAUAAUUAACAUUGAAAAUGAUUAUUUUGAGUAAACGUUAGAUUUUAACACCUUUCACACUAAAAUCUGUAUGCAUGUAUCUGACUUAGCAUCUACUAAGGGGAGACAUCUUUCAGGGAAAAAAAGCCACCUGUUUAUCGACAACUGUUCUAGUUACAAAAUCAAGUUGAAAAUUCAUUCUCUAGUGAUUGAAUGUAGAAAGUGUCAUUGUCUAUAUUGAUAUAUUAUGGUAUAAUUUCACUAUGUAAGAUUUAAAGUUAGAAAAUUAAAGAUAGAAGUCUAUCUGCAUCACUAGAUGACUAAUCUCUGACUGUUCGCAUAAUACCUUAUUCCGAACCCUAGUAUCCAACGUAAACACAAACGUUAAUAACCUCUUAUCAAAUCUGUUUUGUUUGGUUUUGCACAUAAAGCCUUGUUCAUUGAUGAAA